GAUAUUAAAAUUGAAAAAAACACGCGAAAUGUUUCUUUUCUUCUAUGUUAAUUUCUGAGUGUUGCAAACGGCAUCGUUUGGUCAGAAUUCGCAGUCGUACAUUCAAGUCUCAACCCACCUCAGCACGAAUCUAACAUCAAUCUGAACACUGCAAAACCAGAAACUGAAAUAACGAACAUGAUUCACCUUGAAACAUUGCUUACUGAAACCUUUUCCCAAUUCUUCUUCUGAUCCGAUCCUGAUCCAUUUUCGAUCCGAUCCGAUCCGAUCUAAGCUCGGAAUCACUUCCAAUGUCAGGCGCAGCCUCUGCUCUCUUCCUUCUCGAUAUCAAAGGCCGCGUUCUCAUUUGGCGCGAUUAUCGUGGCGAUGUCUCUGCUGUUGAAGCUGAACGCUUCUUCACCAAGCUCAUCGAGAAAGAGGGAGAUCAACAGUCUCAGGAUCCAGUUGUAUAUGAUAAUGGUGUAAGCUACAUGUUUGUACAGCAUAGCAAUGUUUACCUCAUGACAGCAACUAGACAAAACUGCAAUGCAGCUAGUCUCCUUUUCUUCCUACAUCGAAUCGUUGAUGUUUUCAAGCAUUAUUUUGAGGAAUUGGAAGAGGAAUCUCUUAGGGAUAACUUUGUUGUUGUGUAUGAAUUACUUGAUGAAAUAAUGGACUUUGGUUACCCCCAAUAUACCGAGGCGAAGAUACUUAGUGAAUUUAUCAAGACAGAUGCUUAUAGAAUGGAAGUUACACAGAGACCUCCCAUGGCUGUAACAAAUGCUGUAUCUUGGCGUAGUGAAGGGCUAAACUACAAGAAAAAUGAGGUUUUCUUGGAUGUGGUGGAGAGUGUUAACAUACUUGUCAAUAGCAAUGGGCAAAUAAUUAGGUCUGAUGUUGUUGGGGCACUGAAGAUGAGAACAUAUUUGAGUGGCAUGCCAGAGUGUAAACUUGGCUUAAAUGACAGAAUAUUACUAGAGGCACAAGGUAGAGCGACCAAGGGAAAAGCGAUCGACUUGGAGGACAUCAAAUUUCAUCAGUGCGUGCGAUUGGCCCGAUUUGAGAAUGAUCGAACAAUUUCCUUUAUCCCACCUGAUGGGUCAUUUGAUUUGAUGACAUACAGACUCAGCACACAGGUUAAGCCUUUAUUUUGGGUGGAAGCACAAGUUGAAAAGCAUUCAAAAAGUCGGAUUGAGAUUACGGUAAAAGCUAGGAGUCAAUUUAAGGAACGUAGCACUGCUACAAAUGUUGAGAUUGAGUUACCUGUGCCUGCUGAUGCAACCACUCCAAAUGUGCGGACAUCAAUGGGAUCUGCAGCAUAUGCACCUGAGAAAGAUGCAUUAAUCUGGAAAAUAAGAUCUUUUCCUGGAGGCAAGGAGUACAUGUUAAGGGCAGAGUUUCGUCUUCCCAGCAUAACAGACGAGGAAGCAGCUCCCGAGAGAAAAGCUCCUAUACGUUUAAAGUUUGAGAUACCAUAUUUUACUGUGUCCGGAAUACAGGUAAGAUAUUUGAAGAUUAUUGAGAAAAGCGGGUAUCAGGCUCUUCCAUGGGUGAGAUACAUAACAAUGGCUGGAGAGUAUGAGUUAAGGCUUAUUUGAGUUUUGUACGUUGUUUGGCGUUCAAAAUUUGCCAAGUAAACUGUACCAUUCAAUGAUCAAUGACUGAAGCAGGUGGUCUCCGCAGUCUUAAGUGGAAUUUAUUAGAAUAUAUUUGGGCAACAACAGAUGGUAAGUUGCUCAUUGUCUCGAAAGUGACUGUCAACUAAUAUUCAUGAGUUGAGUGUUGGCCUGAACUCUUAGAACUCCCUUCGGUCAAUUGUGUGUUGAUUUAUAUAUUUGUAGACCCCCUUUUCUUUGUAAUCAGAAUGUCCAUCUUUGCCGGUUGAUGUCAAAUUGUAAUUUGAUUUACAUUUUUAAGAGAACCAGUGGUUUUUGAUUUUGGAAGGAGACAGAUUAUAGGAAGAAAAUUGAUUGUGAUACAGCCCAUGUACGAAGAACCAAAUGUAAACUUAUGUUUAAUUGUGCAUUUACAAAGUUUUACGCAUAAUCUGCAGAAAA